UCCGGGUGCCGUGCGGCGGGUUCUGCUCCUUUGCUGAGCUGGCUUGAAUGCUUCCCUGUGGUGUGUCCUGAGCACUGCUGCUGGGUGGUGUGAUCGCAGCUCCGUAAAGUCCAGAAGCGGCGACAUGGAUGCAGUGACCUAUGCUGAUGUGCAUGUGAACUUCACUCAGGAAGAGUGGGCUUUGCUAGAUCCUUCUCAGAAGAGUCUCUACAUCUAUGUGAUGCUGGAGACCUGCAGGAACCUCACUGCUAUAGGCUACAAUUGGGAAGACCAUAAUAUUGAAGAACACUGUCAAAUUUCUCGAAUACCUGGAAGGGAUGAAAGAAGUCAUACUGGAGAGAAACCCUGUGAAUAUACUCUAUGUGGGAAAGCCUUUGCAUAUCACAGUCUUCCUUUAAUGCAUGAAAUAAUUCAUAUUGGAGAAAAACCCUAUGAAGGUAUUCAAUAUGAGGAAGCCUUUGCACAUCACAGUAGUCUUCAAAUACGUAAAAAAACACAUACUGGAAAGAAACCCUAUGAAUGUACUCAAUGUGGUAAAGCCUUUGCAUGUCACAGUGACCUCCGAAUACAUAUAAGAACACAUACUGGAGAGAAACCUUAUGGAUGUAACCAAUGUGGUAAAGCCUUUGCAAGACACAGUGACCUCCAAAUACAUAAAAGAACACAUACUGGAGAGAAACCCUACGAAUGUAACCACUGUGGUAAAGCCUUUGCACGUAACAGUCAUCUCCUAAUACAUAAGAGAAUACAUACUGGAGAGAAACCCUAUGAAUGUAACCAAUGUGGUAAAGCAUUUGCACAACAAACUGGUCUCCAAAUACAUGAAAGAACGCAUACUGGAGAGAAACCCUACAAAUGUAAUCAAUGUGGCAAAGCCUUUUCACAACACAAUUAUCUCCGAAAACAUAAAAGAAUACAUACUGGAGAGGAAGCCUAUGAAAAUAGUCAAUAUGGUAAAGCUUUUACACAUCACAAUCAUCUUCAAAUGUGUAAUAGAAUACGUACCGGAGAGAAAACUUACAAAUGUACUCAGUGUGGUAAAGGCCUUACACGUAAGAGUAAUCUCCUAUUACAUAACAGAACACAUACUGGAGAGAAGCCUUAUGAAUGUAAUCAGUGUGACAGAGCCUUUGCAUGUCACAGUAGUCUUCGAAUACAUAUAAGAACACAUACUGGAGAGAAGCCGUAUGAAUGUAACCAGUGUGGUAAAGCCUUCGCAUGUCACAGUAGUCUUCGAAUACAUAAAAGGACACAUACUGGAGAGAAACCCUAUGAAUGUAACCAGUGUGGGAAAGAAUUUGCUUGUCACAGUACUCUCCAAAUACAUAAAAGAACACAUACUGGAGAAAUACCCUACAAAUGUAAUCAAUGUGAUAAAGCCUUUUCACAAAACAGUCGUCUCCAAAUACAUAAAAGAACACACACUGGAGAGAAACUCUAUGAAUGCAAUCAUUGUGGUAAAGCCUUUACAAAUAACAGUAGUCUCCAAAUACAUACAAGAACACACACUGGAGAGAAACCAUAUGAGUGUAACCAAUGUGGUAAAGCCUUUGUAUGUCAAAGUAGCCUCCGAAUACAUAAAAGAACACACACUGGAGAAAAACCCUAUGAAUGUAAUCAAUGUGAUAAAGCCUUUGCAAGUCACAGUAGUUUCCGGAUUCAUAAAAGAACACAUACUGGGGAGAAACCUUUUGAAUGUAAUCAAUGUGGUAAAGCCUUUGCAUGUAACAGUCAUCUCUUAAGUCAUAAAAGAACACAUACUGGAGAAAAACCCUAUGAAUGUAACCAGUGUGGUAAAGCCUUUGCAUGUAACAGUCAUCUCCUGAGUCAUAUCAGAACACAUACUGGAGAGAAACCUUAUGAAUGUAAGCAAUGCAGUAAAGCCUUUGCACGACACAGUCAUCUUCAAAGGCAUGAAAGAAUUCAUACAGGAGAGAAACCCUAUGAAUGUAACCAAUGUGAUAAAGCCUUUGCAUGUAACAGUCAUCUCUUAAGUCAUAAAAGAACACAUACUGGAGAGAAACCCUAUGAAUGUAACCAGUGUGGUAAAGCCUUUGCAUGUAACAGUCAUCUCCUGAGUCAUAUCAGAACACAUACUGGAGAGAAACCGUAUGAAUGUAAGCAAUGCAGUAAAGCCUUUGCACGACAAAGUCAUCUUCAAAGGCAUGAAAGAAUUCAUACAGGAGAGAAACGCAAUGAAUACAACCAUUGUGGUAAAUACUUUUUACCACACAAUAAUCUUCAGACACUUAAAAAAACACAUACUGGAGAGAAAACCUAUGAAAGUAAUCAAUGUGUUAAAGCAUUUGGAUAUCACAGUAGUCUUUGAGGAACUGAAAGAACUCAUAUUGAAGAGAAUCUAUGACUCUAAAGGAUUUUAUAAGAUCUUUAGCCAACACACUUACAUUCAGUUAUACAAGAUUAUUUAUUCUGGGGAAAAUAUCUGACAAGUGACAACAAUCUAUUCAAGCAUUAUAAUGUCUCCUCUCAUUUUGUUUGCACUUGCAAACUCAUGAACAAGAGCCCUAUGAAUUUAAAUAAUAAUAUAACCAUUUUAUAUUCAUAGUUUCUUCAGUUACAUCAAAUAACUCAUCCAGGUGUAAAACUUUAUGAGUGUGUAUUAGUGCCUUUUUUGUUGCUGUGAUUAAACACAAUGUUUAAGCAACUUAUAAAAGCAUUUAAUUUAGCUAUGGUCCAGAAGAUAUGGAAUCUCCAUGAAAGUGGCAAUGCAGCAAGUGUCACACAUGGUAGCUAAUGUAAGAAGCCCAGAGCUCAUACCCUCAACCUGAAGCAAGAAGCAGAGAGUAGGAGCUGCAAAUGGUGCGUGGAUAUAAACUCUCAAACCCACCCCAAGCUACAUAUUUCCUAUAGCAAAGAAGCAUUUCCUAAAUCUUUACAAAUAAUACCACUAACUGAGAAGGAUUGAUUUCUGUCACUUCAAGUCUACAUGCUUGCUUUCUGUUACAUGAACCAAUUCAUGAUGCAGAAAAAACUUUGUAGGUAAUUCUUUAGGUAACUCAAUAACUGAGUUACAGGAAUGAAUGCUUACACAAGAAAAACAUUCAUGAGUAAAAAAUUAUUUAACAAUUUGUCUUAAUUUUAAUUACAUGGCUCCAGGCGUAGUGGUGCAUAUUUGUAAUCCCAGCAAUCUGCGAAGCAGGAUCAGGCUGAUCUCUUUGAGUUCAAGGCCAGCCUGGUCUAAAAUCGUGUCCAGGACAGCCAAGGCCACACAGACAAACGCUGUCUCAAAAAACAAAAAAAGAAAAAUGUGAUUUCAGUAUUUCUUUGUGUGUGUAUAUGAAUAUCCAUGCUGGUUUCCAAGACUAUUAAACUCUUUGAUCUUCUUGUAAUAGGAAUUAUAGGAAGUUGUCAAAAACCUGACCACCUUCUUGGGAAUGAACUUGUCUCAACUGCUUAGCUAUGUCUUUAGUUUUGUAAAUAUUUUGAAGCCUUCAUAUAUCAUCUUGAUGUCAGGAAGUAGGAAAGAACUCAUACAUGAGAAAAGCCCUAUUCAUAUAAAUGAUUUAAGAAAGACUUUGGACAUCUUAGUUGUCUUCAGUUUCAAGAAAAAAUUCUCAUUUCAUCACUUUUUUCAUCAUAGCUUUGAAGAAAGUAAGUUAUUUACCAUGGUCACUCAAAUGUAAUAAAGGAGACCACCUAUUGUGGUUGUGGUUUGUAUUUUGAAACGUUUGGAGUAGAUAUUGACGUUUGCUGUAUGUAUAGCAAAUCCACUUACAGAAGUUAAUUAAGCUGUUUUUGUAUUCCUUCUGUGGCUUCUGUUCAUCUUCUAUUGCACUGUCAUUUGGUGAUAGGUAUUUUUAUGCUGCAGUGUAAACAAUGGGAUCCCUAUCAUCUAAUUUUUCCGUUGUUUGUUAAUAUAUUGGGCAGUGUGUGCCCAUACUUUUGAAAUAAGGAUGUCUGUGAAAGGAUGGUGGGUGGUUAUUCCUGUUUUUUUUUUUUCAUAUAUUCAUGGAUUCCCUUGAGAUGUUGUUUGUUAUUCAGCCCUGCUUAGAUGUCGGUAAUUAGUCAAGGCUAUUAUAUUAGAACCCUUGAUUCUCAUGAGUCAGCCUCUUGAGUACAAGUCCAAGGGUAAAAGAUGAACUCCCCAUGUGUCCUGUUUUGUCAACACAUUGUAAUAAUGUUAAUGUUAAAAUGCUUAAUGUCAAAGGAUACAAGAAACGUUAAAUGCCUGUUAGGUGUAUCCAAAGCAGCAUUUUCAUCUAUCUGAUAGAGAUGUAAUAAAAUAAAACAACCAGCAAUCAACUGUAUAUCUCACAACACGGCUUUAUAGGUAUGGGUUCCUAUUACUUUCCUUUUGGUUCUUCAUCUUGAAGUACUGCCUUCUAAGGAAAUUGUUUAAAGGUACUAGAUAAUGUAACAGCAAUGAGAUUUAUUUUAAAAAACAACAACACUUCUGUUGUGUGUCUCUAUGUGACUAUGGGUUUUUAGGCCAUGACAGAUACAUGGAGCCGGGUGACAACUUUUUUGGGUUUACUUUGGCCAUCUUUAUAUGAUGAUCAAGGUCAGGUUGCCCGAGUUGCACAGGCAUUUCCUACUUAGCUGUCUCAUUAAUGCUCAAAUAAGAUUAGUUAGAACAUUUCAUUAAGAAAAUACUCUCUUUUCAGAUUGUAAAGAUAUUGUCAUCUAAGGAUGGAGAAAAACAGGACAAUUUAAGUAAUAAAUCAUAUUUGGCAACAAAAA